UAGGACAUCGCUGCAAAUGUUUAGCUGAAAAUUUACCUUCGUUUUUAGUGCUUGAAAGUGGUGAGAAAUAGCUGCCAGAACCGGGAAAUUCCUGCUCCUCGACCACUAGGAGUCGAACCACAGCAGCCGCCCGAGCAGCAACCGAUGGAUGACGACCUCGCUGAGUACGCUCCGGACAUUCCGGACAAUGUUCUGGAGCUGAUUUUCUCCUACCUAAAGCUGCAGGAUUUGCGGAACAGCUCGCUGGUAUGCAAGAGCUGGAAUCGCUUCCUAAACGAUGAGAAUAAUGAGGUUUGGAGGGCACAGUGCAUGCAGAAACUAUCGCCGGACGCUUUUAAAACGGAUCUGCUCUCGGUAGUGCCGACAUACAAAGCCAAGUUGAGAGCCUUCUUUCACGCCUGGAAUCCGUACGACUGUAGUCGGCAUGUGUACAUCAAACCGAAUGGAUUUACUCUCCAUAGGAAUCCAGUGGCACAGAGUACGGAUGGUUCCCGCGGGAAGAUUGGAUUCCAACAUGGGAGACAUGCAUGGGAAGUAAGGUGGGAAGGGCCCCUGGGGACGGUUGCUGUUGUAGGGAUUGCCACGAAGGAUGCAGCAAUACAGUGUCAUGGUUAUUAUGCUUUACUAGGGGCCGACGAUCAAAGCUGGGGCUGGAACUUGGUAGAUAAUUUACUGCUUCACAAUGGCGAUGCCCACGGGAUCUAUCCACUGCUCAACAACGCGCCCAAGUACAAGGUUGGUGAAAGGAUCCGGGUUAUUCUAGACUGCGACGAUAAUACGCUUUCUUUUGAGAAGAACUACGAAUUUCUAGGAGUGGCUUUUACUGAUUUACCAGACAAAGUAUUCUACCCGACGGUGGCAGCAGUAUAUGGAAACACGGAAAUAUCGAUGGUUUACCUCGGCCCUCCGUUGGACGGGUAGGGAGCAGGUCGAAUUAUAAACCUACGCAAAACUAGUGACUGAAAUCAUCACGAAAGCCAGGAGCGAUCGAAACACCCAAAAGUCCGCGUCCAAUUUUCUAGGAUUUAGCAAAUGAUACUCUUACAAGCCAGUAAGCACACUACACACUCAUAAACACACACAACCACACAUACACGGCGCCUGUUUAAUCUAGUCCAGCAGAAUGGUGUUUCGACUAAUUCAACCGAUUACUACUAAUCGGUAAGUGUGGAAAUGUCAGAGCAAAAGUCAGUAACCAGAAACCAAGUCAGAAACAAUCUCUCUUUUACCUACGAUGAAGAUUAUCAUAGUUUUUCUUUUUGAUAUAUAAAAUGACGAUGAAAGCGACAGGAGAUUACUUAGUGUGUGGGAGGGAAGAGAUUUUGUAUAGCCAUUUUAAGGACGAUGCUUUGUUAGUUGCCAUUUACGAGUACAAGCACCGAUCAUUCCAUUCUAUGUGUCUAGUUCGGCAUUUUUAUUUGUUAAGUUAGUAUACUCAUGGUUUCAAUAGUCGAUAGGAUGAUAGAUAUU